AUGCCGCUCUGUCUCACCUUCAUCGACUUAAAGAAGGCUUUCGACUCGGUUGAGACGGAAGCGGUCGUGGAAGCCUUGGACAACCAAGGCGUCCCUACUCAGUACAUAAAGGUACUUCGAGAGUUGUACACUAACUUCACGACCGGAAUUGCGCCAUUCUACAACAAUAUCAUCAUUGACGUGAAGAGGGGGGUCCGACAGGGUGACACAAUCUCACCCAAAAUAUUCACAGACAUCUUCGAGAACGCAAUGGGAAAGUUGGAAUGGGACGAAAUGGGAGUGAAGGUUGAUGGUCGGCAGCUACACCAUUUGCGCUUUGCUGAUGAUAUCGUACUGAUAACACCUAGCAUCAGCCAACCGGAACGAAUGCUGACCGAAUUCGACGAAACAUGUGGAUGCAUCGGUCUUCAGCCGAAUCUACAAAAGACGAUGUUCAUGCGGAAUGGAUGCGUCUCGGAUGCCCCAUUCACGCUCAAAGGAACGAACAUAUCCGAAUGCACCAGCUACGUUCAUCUGAGUCGGGAAUUGAACAUGAUGAACGACCUGACCCCCGAGCUGGGCAGGAGGAGACGAGCAGCUUGGAGAGCGUAUAAGAGCAUCGAGGAUGUAGUGAAGAAGACCAGGAACACCCGGCUCCCUGCUCACCUCUUCAACACCACCGUACUUCCUGCUUUGAUCUAUGCUUCGGAAACCUGGGCAAUUCGCAAGCAGGAAGAAAACGCGGUGAGCGUCAUUGAACGCGCAAUUGAGAGAGUGAUGCUAGGAGUAUCCCGUUUCACGCAAGUGAGGGACGGUAUUCGAAGUUAG